GUCACAGGCCGCAGUGGCGGUGCUACGCAUCUUAUCUCAUCUCUUCCCCACGCUACUUAUUCUACACAAAACGAGAGUGUCUAGAUGGGUAGAUGAGACGAUGGCUGACUGUGUGAGGUGUUUCGCGGGAUGUCAGCUUGCUCACAAGAAUGAUCUUCAGCCGAUGCUCAUAUCUGUCAGUCCCGUCAAUUGGACAUUACUGCUGUAUUCUCGGAAGCAAGUCAAUGUGUAAUGUUUCAAAUAAGAUCGGUAACCAGGAGUCCUGCAUCGCGAUCUGUUCUGCCACUGUGUCCCGUGUGUCCCGCGGAUUAUGAUGAGAGCGUCGGUCGGUUCGGGGUUUACCAAGCCAAAAUCGAUCAAG